GCGCAUGCGGACGCUCAAGCGUUUCGGCAAGGUCAUCAAUGGCCACAAUGCCAAGUCCAUCGGCGCAGUCGCCCGCGCUGGCGCCAUGGCCGAGGCCACCUACGGCGACGAGGACAUGGGGAGGCGCAUGCGGACGCUCAAGCGUUUCGGCAAGGUCAUCAAUGGCCACAAUGCCAAGUCCAUCGGCGCAGUCGCCCGCGCUGGCGCCAUGGCCGAGGCCACCUACGGCGACGAG